AUGAGCGAUUACUACCAAUUAUUGGGGGUGGGCUACGAUGCAUCGCAGGAGGACAUCUCCAAGUCUUUUAAAAAACUUGCCGUCAAAUACCAUCCUGAUAAGUCCAAGGAUCCCAAGCAUCACGAGGUUUUUAUCCAGUUAAAUCAGGCAUAUGAAACUCUCAAGUCUCAGGAUACAAGAAGGCAAUAUGAUAUACAACACAAUUUUAAUACCAAGUCCUCCUCACUCCACGAGUUUUUCACCACCUCUGGGUACACCGAUGCAUACACGCACCCGAGGUAUACGUCUUACGACAGAGGAUCUAAGUUUGCGUGGAGUCAAUUCAAAACUCACUUUACCACCAGUGAUUUACUCCAGAAGCAGCGCCAGGCGUACGCGGAGAAGGUUCGUCGUGACGUCGAGUUGAAGAAGGCCCAGGAGAAGGCUGAGAGAGAGCGGGAGGCGCUCCGGCAGGAAAUGGAACGAGUGAAACUCAACCAUUUGGAGAAGCUCAGGGAAAUGAAGGAGGCGGAACAGGCAAGAAACAAGGAACAACAACAAGCAAGACAGGCGGCUACCACCGAAGAGUCUGGCGACUUUGACGCAAACAUGUACAACCAGCGUAAGAAGCAAGCGUAUCGAGCCCAGUGGUCUGAGCCUCUCAGGGCCUACGAUGGGGAUAUCUUUGAGACCAACUUUGCCAGGCGCAAGAAACCUGUUGAUCCACCACAGCCAAAUAGCCUGGCUGACUUUGGGCACAAAGGAAACCAAUUUGACCCGAUUGUGGUCGAUGACGACACGGAAGUUGAAAUGAGACCUGGAAGUGUCGAGGUAGAGGAGAUAGAGAUCAAUACACCUCUGAGUGCUGGCCCCAGUGGAAGUAGUUCCAUGGGCACCGCCGAGUCUGAUCACGAGUCGUCUAGUUCAGGCUCCUCUGUCGAUGCAAAUGCCACGUUUAACGACAAUGAUGAUGAUAACGAAAAUUAUGAUAAUAAUGUAAAGACGGAAUCCGACGAAGAAGAACACCAUGGCAGCUAUUCGGAACCUAUAGUCGUGGAAGAGCCUGGUGAGAAGAAUGAAACUCUGGGAGUGUCUUCUCCCUCUUCUCCAAAGAGAAAUCUUAGCGAAAUACCCCAACUCCGGCCUUCUAAGAGGGCAAAGGUAGAGCCGUUUUCGAUGAACGAUCUCCAUGCCUCGCUAGGACCCGAUAUAGGAAGUGAUAACUUGAGCAACUUGAGGGAGAGCCUUCCCAACUACAGUGACAAUGAGCAGAAACCGUCUGGGACGAACCAGUCCCAUAAUUCAAGCUUCAAAACCUCUAAAAGACAUAAAGUCGCUGAGUACUCGGAUGGAACAUCGAAGGCUGAAACCCUACACACACCUAUCAACAAAUCCCAAACAAGAGGGUACGGUUAUCAGGAACCAGUAGGAAUGCUGGACUUUAAUGCAUCAACCAUCGUCAACGCCAUCAGGCCUCCCAACCCCCCUUCCAUCAGCGUCAACCAUCAUUUGACCAAAACCACUUGGGACGGAUAUGUAAGGUCUAUGUUGCUGUACCAACAGAAGUUUAUCGAGUACAGGACCAAGAUCAUCAACUAUCAAGCCGAAAGAGCCAGUAGAGAUAGUGAGCUUAUAGUGGCUUGUAACCAAAACAUCGAUUUGUUUCAACUAUACUUGAAGUGCUUAGAUCAGGAUUCGGUGGUGUUGACACGAUUUGCGGAAAACAUCAAGGUGUUUAACCAAACCUUGAAAGAUUACAAGAACAACUGUGACUGGGUGGAGAAAAUCAAACUUCUUUCUUAGACAACCAGAAUCCAUUAGAAGGUGUGGUAGCCUAUGUAUAUACUGUGUAAUAUAAUUUAUAAUCAACGUCUG